AAUCCCGUGACUGGCGGGCUCUUUUCUCUCUCUCUUUUCGAACCCUCGACACCACCGACAACCAACAACCAGUUCGCAGGAAGUGCAUUCACCCCACCUCCAGCACUAAAAAUGGCCCGUCGUCCCGCGAGAUGCUACCGUUACUGCAAGAACAAGCCCUACCCCAAGUCCCGGUUCAACCGUGGUGUUCCCGACCCUAAGAUUCGUAUCUUCGAUCUUGGUCGUAAGAAGGCCAACGUGGACGACUUCCCCACCUGUGUCCACCUGGUCUCCAACGAGUACGAGCAGCUGUCCUCCGAGGCUCUUGAAGCCGCCCGUAUUUGCGCCAACAAGUACCUCGUGAAGAUCGCCGGUAAGGAAGGUUUCCACCUCCGUGUCCGUGUCCACCCCUUCCACGUCGUCCGUAUCAACAAGAUGUUGUCUUGCGCUGGUGCCGAUCGUCUGCAGACCGGUAUGCGUGGUGCCUACGGAAAGCCCCAGGGUCUCGUUGCCCGUGUCAACAUCGGCCAGAUCAUUCUGUCUGUCCGUACCCGUGACGCCCACCGCCCCACCGCUCUGGAGGCUCUCCGCCGCUCCAUGUACAAGUUCCCCGGCCGCCAAAAGAUCAUUGUCUCCAAGAACUGGGGCUUCACCCCUGUUCGCCGCGAGGACUACGUUCAGCUCCGCAACGAGGGCAAGCUCCGCCAGGACGGUGCCUACGUUCAGUUCCUCCGUGGCCACGGCCAGGUUGAGGAGAACAUGAAGCGCUUCCCCGGUGCUUUCGAGACUUCCGCUUAGAUGUUGAUGGGUCAUUUCAGAAUAUGAAAUUCAGAACGACAAAAAUACUUGAAUGUGCUCUCUUUACCUGUCACACCUAUUCUUGAUAUCAAUCUCGUGCAAUCGCAAUGAUGGAGUUCUUCCAUGGGUCCUUUUUUAA